AGCAAACUUGUCAUUCUCUCCUGGCUUUCACUCUAUUGAAUUUGUAUAAUCGAGCCAAGAUCAGGUAUGACUCCAGAACAUAAGAAUGUCAAAGAGAACGAGAACGAGAACUGAAGCUUGGGGAAGCGGCGAGGCAGCAGACAGCGACAGUGAGAGUGUGGAGAGCAAUGUUGACAACGUAACACAAUUCGUAAUACUGAAAGAAAGGAAACGAGUGUUCCGAAAAAUGAGAAUGGAGGUCAGUUUGGUCCGUCCACAAGUAAGGCAGUACUCAGUACUGUAUGUGCAACAUGGACAACCUCAUGUUGUUACGAUGAAGGAGAAGAGGAUUAGGUUUUUUGAAGCUAUACGUGACUUGUCAGAUGAUGAAAUAGCCUUGGUUAUAUCAUACAUGCCCUAUCAUAGUAAGCAAUUUCAUGAAUGGGCAUCGGAGGAGGACUCUGUCAGAAGGCGAUAUAACUUGCGUCAGCUUUGUGCAACCCCUCCUUCUUAAACCAAGAUCGAUCUUUACGUUAAACCAACCCUUUGCAGGAGAAGAUCUUAGAGCCCCACUUGUUGCUCCUCUACUCAGUCCACAAGCACGAAUUGAAUCCCACGUAUGCUAGUACGGAAGAGAACGAUCACAAUCUGUCUCUUGCUUUGUUUGGGAUGUACGGCGUUUAGAGAAUCACAGUUAGGGUUUUUUGUGUUUCCUUUUUGUUUCUGAUAUCCAAAAUCACGUAGUUACUGAAUCCCUGACAUUAUAACUAUUAUAAUGUUUAGGGCUUUUAAGUUAACACAAAGCCCAACCUUGUUUCUCUUAGCAGGCCGGUUGCCAUAGGACCUUUUGGGCCCAUUCCAAUUAGUGCUUAUAUGUGUGACCUUAUAGGAUUAGUAUAUUUUAGUUGUAGGUCCAAUCAAUAUUGUCCUACUAAUCACAUUUAUUCUCUAGCAAGCAAAUAUGAUUACUAAAAUAAUUAAUUUAUUAUCUUCAUAAUUAAUUCCUAUUUAUAUUUAGUAAUUGCCGGAAAUGUCUAAGGACAUAAUUCCUUCAAUCUCCCACUUGUCCGAAGACAAGAACGCAAUGCUAAAUUCCUUAAGUCUCUUAAUGCCAAAAUUUGAUAACACACUGUUAUUCUCAAAUUCUAGUUUCUUGAUCGCCGAGUUCGAACUGUUCAAAUAAAGAUUAACUUUUAAUCCCAUUCCGCAUGGCCAUGCAAUUUUCAGUUCUCGCUCAUCAAGAGGCCCAGACACCAUUCCUAUCAAAUAGGAGGACUUAUUCACUCUUGUAUGACCAUAACUCCCACUCAAUUCUUAGCCCACCUGAUCACUGCCUUUAUAACCUCCUUUUACGG